AGGACCAUCUGGAACAGUUGAGGCUAACCUGGUGCUUUUCCUGGAUUUCCAGUGGGUGAUCACGCAGGCCUGUGUUUGGUUAUUCAACGAUAGUUAUGACCUCCCGGUUACGUGCGUUCGGUGGAAGAAUUAAUAACAUACGCACCUCAGAAUUACCCAAAGAGAAAACUCGAUCCGAAGUCAUCUGCAGCAUCUGCUUUCUAGAUGGCUUGGUACAGACCUUUAAAGUUAAUAAACAAGAUACUGGUCAAGUUCUCCUGGAUAUGGCUUACAACUACUUGGGCGUGACGGAAAAGGAGUAUUUUGGUUUGCAGCACAGUGAUGACUCAGUGGACUCUCCUAGAUGGCUUGAAGCAAGCAAACCCAUCAGGAAGCAGUUAAAAGGAGGUAUCCCCUGUACCCUGCAUUUUCGAGUAAGAUUUUUUAUACCUGAUCCCAACACACUGCAGCAAGAACAAACCAGGCAUUUGUAUUUCUUACAACUGAAGAUGGAUAUUUGUGAAGGAAGGUUAACCUGCCCUCUUAACUCAGCGGUGGUUCUAGCAUCCUAUGCAGUACAGUCUCAUUUUGGAGACCAUGAUUCUUCCAUUCAUCCUCCGGGCUAUCUUUCUGAUAGUCAGUUCAUACCGGAUCAGAAUGAGGACUUUUUAGCAAAGGUGGAGGCGCUCCAUGAGCAGCACAGUGGGCUAAAGCAAUCAGAAGCGGAAUCUUGCUUUAUCAACAUAGCACGGACCCUCGACUUCUAUGGAGUGGAGCUGCACAGUGGUAGGGAUCUGCACAGUUUAGAUCUAAUGAUUGGAAUUGCUUCUGUGGGCAUCGCUGUGUACCGAAAAUAUAUUUGCACAAGUUUCUAUCCUUGGGUGAACAUUCUAAAAAUUUCUUUCAAAAGGAAAAAAUUCUUUAUACAUCAGCGACAAAAACAGACUGAAUCCAGGGAACACAUAGUGGCCUUCAACAUGUUAAAUUACCGAUCUUGCAAAAACUUAUGGAAAUCCUGUGUCGAGCACCAUACAUUCUUUCAGGCAAAGAAGCUACUACCUCAGGAAAAGAAUGUUCUGUCUCAGUACUGGACUCUGGGCUCUAGGAACGCCAAAAAGUCUGUAAAUAACCAGUAUUGCAAAAAAGUGAUUGGAGGGAUGGUCUGGAACCCGGCCAUGCAGAGAUCUUUAUCAGUGGAACAUUUAGAAACCAAGAGUCUGCCGUCUCGGUCUCCUCCUAUUACUCCCAACUGGCGAAGUCCUCGACUCCGGCACGAAAUCCGAAAGCCACGACACUCUUCUGCAGACAACCUUGUGAACGAAAUGACGUACAUCACUGAAACUGAAGAUGUGUUUUACACCUACAAGAGCUCCCUGUCACCUAAAGACAGCGAUUCUGAGAUUUCUCAGAACCAAAGCCCACACCGAGAAGAAAUGAACUCUGUCCUGGCUUUUGUUUCCGAUGACUACUGCAUUUACAGUUCUGAAGCAUCGGCUUCUGAGGGCGAGCACCCGUUUGUCUGCCGGAGUAUAUCCGAGAACAACCCAGCACAAAGCUACCUGACCCAGAAGUCAUCCAGUUCUGUGUCUCCAUCUUCAAAUGCUCCAGGCUCCUGUUCCCCAGAUGGCGUCGAUCAGCAGUUCUUAGAGGACUUCCACAGGGUGACCAAAGGGGGCUCCACCGAGGACUCCAGCCAGUACUACUGUGACAAGAAUGAUGGUGACGGCUACUUAGUCUUGAUCCGCAUCACACCAGAUGAAGAUGGAAAAUUUGGAUUUAAUCUAAAGGGAGGAGUGGAUCAAAAGAUGCCUCUUGUGGUAUCAAGGAUAAACCCAGAGUCACCUGCGGACACCUGCAUUCCUAAGCUGAACGAAGGGGAUCAAAUCGUGCUCAUCAACGGCCGGGACAUCUCAGAACACACCCACGACCAAGUGGUGAUGUUCAUCAAAGCCAGCCGGGAGUCGCACACACGGGAGCUGGCGCUGGUAAUCAGGAGGAAAGCUGUCCACUCGUUUGCUGAUAUCAAAUCUGAAGAUGAACUGAACCAGCUUUUCCCAGAGGCCAUUUUCCCCGUGUGUCCGGAGGGUGGGGAUACGCUGGAGGGAUCCAUGGAACAGCUAAAGAAGGGCCUCGAAAGCGGGACGGUGCUGAUCCAGUUUGAGCAACUCUACAGAAAGAAGCCCGGUUUGGCCAUCACAUUUGCAAAGCUGCCUCAAAAUUUGGACAAAAACCGAUAUAAAGAUGUACUGCCUUAUGACACCACCCGGGUAUUAUUGCAGAGAAACGAAGAUUAUAUUAAUGCAAGUUACGUGAACAUGGAAGUUCCUGCUGCUAACCUUGUGAACAAGUACAUUGCCGCUCAGGGACCCCUGCCACAUACCUGUGCACAAUUUUGGCAGGUAGUCUGGGAUCAGAAGUUGUCACUCAUCGUCAUGUUGACCACUCUAACAGAGCGAGGGCGGACCAAAUGCCACCAGUACUGGCCCUAUCCUCCCGAGGUCAUGGAACACGGCAGCUUUCACAUCCGCUGUCAGUCAGAGGACUGCACUAUCGCUUAUGUGUUCCGGGAAAUGCUGGUCACGAACACCGAGACCGGAGAGGAGCACACCGUGACGCAUCUCCAGUACGUGGCAUGGCCAGACCACGGCGUUCCCGAUGACUCCUCGGACUUUCUGGAAUUUGUAAACUAUGUGAGGUCCCUGAGAGUGGAAGGUGAACCCGUCCUAGUCCACUGCAGUGCUGGGAUCGGUCGAACUGGUGUGUUGGUCACCAUGGAAACAUCCAUGUGCCUGAUCGAGAGGAACCUGCCCGUUUACCCACUGGAUAUUGUUCGGAAAAUGCGAGACCAGCGUGCCAUGAUGGUGCAGACGUCAAGCCAGUACAAGUUUGUGUGUGAAGCGAUUCUUCGUGUUUAUGAAGAAGGCUUAGUCCAAAUGCUGGAUCCCAGUUAAGAUGACUGUGAAGACGUUCAUUCCUCUUUCCCAAGGGCGUCCUCCUUCUCUCUGGAAGCUGCAAGAGGAAUUUGUAGGCUGUGGGAAAGGAAUGAGCAUAUUUGAACCCAGGCACUUUAAAUUUCUAUUAAAAGAAAAAGGUAUCGUGUACAUAGGAACUGUGUAGAUAACGCAUGCAGUUAUAGCAUCAUUUAGGCCUGCACCUCCUCCAGAGAGAAAUAAGCAGAAGGGAAUCUCAGUUUGGGGCCUGUCCUAAUGCCUCCCUCCUUCUCCGUCUCCAUAUUCCUGUAAACCAUCCUUGGGCAAUUGAGAGGGGACGCCAGCAGCCCUGUUGACCUCCCAGAAACGAGAUGGUGUGGCUGUUCAGAGUUGCUUGGAUGAGUUGUGUGUAUAUAUGUAUAGGACUAAGGGCUGAGCUUUCCUUGUGUCUGGGUGGAGCUGGAACAGUCAGUGUUCACCUGCCCUGAUGCUAAUGAGAAACCCCGUGAAUGUACUGAACGGCAGAGGGGUGGGGUGUCAGGCCGAGGGGCAAGCGGUGCCUUUUCUGCCCUCCCUUCCUUGGUCCCAUCUCCCUGCCAUUUCCAAUAUUCAUGUUUCUGAGAAUCGUGUCCAAAUGCCCUGCCUUCUCCCUGCAUUAGUGACCCUCCUCAGGUUCACACCAGUGCCUGAACCGGGCAGUGCAGGUUUCGAGUGAGUUUUCAGUUGAGACUCUGAGAACAAGGACUCCCAGUGUUGUCCCACGUGUUCGUUUUUGGAGCAGGUGCCUCUUGCCUCUGCUUUCCUCUUGCUGUACACUCAGCACCCAGGACUGGAAUCAUCCACUACUGAAUCUAAGACAUAGAUUGCUGCUACUUCGAGCUAUUACACUUGAAACAUUACAAUUUUCCUGAGGGGAGAUGGGAUAUCUCCUAAAUAUUCAGAAUCUUUGGCCCUUCUGAGAAAAGAUAUAGUCGUUGAGCCAUGGGAAACCCAGCUUCUAGAGGGUUGCCUGUGGAGGUGUGUGUGUGUCUGUGUGUUGUGUGUGCUCCCACGGGUGAGUGUUUCUCGGGAUUCCUAACUUGAUUCAAAUUACAGUUGAGUUUAUAUAAAGAAUGAGUCUCUGUAUAGAAGAACAAAUGUGUGCAUUCACUCUUAGUUACAAUGGUCUUCGUUUCAUUUCAAAGGAGAGGAUCAGACUAUCUGAAUAUAAACACAAUUUGAUGUUAAUUUAUUCUAAGUACACCAUGAUUUUGAUUGUCCUAAAGAAUUCUGCCUUUGUUAA